GAAAAUUGUUGGAAAAAAUUGUACGCGUGCAUUACUAAAUAGAUCACGAAUAAGAGAUGGAAUCAGCGUAAAAGUAUUAUGUACGAUAAAUCAUUGUGCAAUUUCAAAGAAUCUAUAAAGCCUCAUGACAUUUGGAAUUAAUCCGGAAUAUUCAUAUGGAAAGGUCCUGCAUGCACAUUGAUACAUUUAUUAGUUCCUAAAGAGUGAUUAAAUUAUUGAGAACGAAUUUUUAAUUUAAGAAUUUAUCAUGAAUCAUUUCUUAACAGUCAGUCUUCUUGCGUUAAUUUGUAUGAACCACUGUGUUUCCUGUCCUAUAAGCGGUCUUAUCUGGAAUUCUACUGCAGAAGAAUUCAUAUUAAUUUCUAGUAUUGAUAUAUUUUCGCAAAUUCAUAAUAUGAAUGGUAACACGUGCCACAGUGAAUAUUAUGAUUUGGAACAAUACGACAUUAAUGGUACAAACAUAAGAGUUUCGGGGUAUGAGCAGAAAGGCGUAGUUAUGUUUUAUAAUAAUAACACUAAAAUUAGUGGAACUAUCGGAGACAUUUGGACACUUCUUUCAGAGUACCUUCAUUUUGAGAUGAUUUUAACAAAGCUUGAAUCCGAAAUAUUUACUAUUGUCUUGUCAAAUAAUGGAAAUAAUAUUGAAAUUAACAGUGACUAUAUACGUGAUAACAAUACUGAUGUUUUAUUAGCAGUAUCUAUUUUCGCAGAUAAUUGGGAUUACCUGGAGUACACUGAGCCUAUGUAUAAGCAGAAUUUCAGGCUAUACACUCGGCGUCAUUUUAAAGUCAACAAAACUUGGUUAUUUCAGUUAUUCAACUGGCAAGUUUGGGCACUCAUACUUAUAAUAUUUAUAGUAUUUACUAGCACUGAUUAUUUUUUUCGAAAACUUUCGUCCCGAAUAUCAAAAACUAGGAAAGAGAAUCUUCCACCAAAAGAUCAUUUAUUCUACAAUUUUGCUAUAAUCUGCAAUCAAGGCGAUAUUCCAGACGAUUUUGAAAGUUCAAGAAUCCUUAGAAUUUCUAUAAGUCUGUUUUCCGUGUUGAUAUUGUUGGCAUACAGCUCUCAACUGACAUCACAUAUGACUCAAAAGUCGUAUAUACCACCUUUCGUCGAUCUGGAAACUCUUUAUGCAGAUACUACGUACAAAGUCAUAGCCUUUGAGAAUUCAGUAGUAUAUCAAGCCUUUCAGCUACGUAAAAUAGACAUCUACCGCUGGAUAUCAGAUCAACGUCGUGUAUCAUUCAUAAGUCGUUCUGACUCAAAAAUAUAUUUAACUUGCUCGGAUUCCAAGGAAUUUGCUAUAUUUAAAGCCAACGAUGAUUGGCUUACAAGAAAUUGUAACGUAGAGCCAAUUGGUGAAAAAUACUUUGAAAAUUGGAUGGCAGCUGCAUUGCCUAAAGGAUAUAAGUACCGACGUAUCUUUAAUAGAGGAUUACGAAAACUACGUGAAUUUGGUUUUUUCAAUCUACUGUUGAAUCGUUGGAUACAACCUAAAAUCGGACAAUAUGAUACAUUUGAGUUUAUAUCAGUUACUAUAUAUCAUGUUGAAAUAAUUUUUUCAGUUUUGAUUUAUGGUAUGAUAAUAUCUUUGAUAAUACUUGUUAUUGAGAAUAUAAUGUUCCUUGUGAAAUAUCAGUAAUCAUUUAGUGAAAUUUAGAGUAGAUUUAAAAUUGUAGAUUGUUAAUUUCCAAUUGUAGAUUUAAAGAUUGUUGAUGUGGAAUGGUAAUAAAGGUAUGGUUUCUUCAUAUCAUA